AUGCUCGUUUUCCAGACCAAUAUCAACUCGUUCACACAAACAAAGGAAAGCCAAACAACCACACAAAUAUACAUCGAGUGCAUGGCAAACGAUGCCCAUCUCAAAUUGGUAGUUACGGACUUCUUUCCAUAUUUUUACGUAAAGAUCGAAACGGACAAGAAUGACAUUCUCAAUUUUUUUAUGUCAAAGAAUAUCGAUGUUGUGAGCCACAAGCUGUCGAUUAAGAAGAAUGUAUACGGGUACAUAUCGAAGAAUGAGUCAUUCCUGAAAGUGUUUUUCAAGAAUAUUGUGGUUGAGAGUGCCGCACGUAGGGCAUGUGAGAAUAUGUAUGAGAUUUUUGAUGCCAAUAUUCCGUUUAAUUUGCAGUUUAUGGUUGAUAUGGGCAUCGUGGGGAUGAGCUAUUUGGAGGUUGACAUGGAUAUGGAGAGCGGACAGGAACUGAGAAUUGAAGAUGCGGGUGGUGCAAAUGGCGUGUUCAGCACAAGUCUUGAUGUGCACAACGGUAAUCAGAGGAUAAAAAGACACAAAUCAGAAGAUGAGGAAAAUACCAAAUAUAUGGAUGCUAUUUGUAGCACCCAUCGGAUUGGUAGGGUGUACCAUGUAAGUCAUAGAGCAAUCAGGCCGAUUUUGAAGGACUGCAUGCCGGUCUUCAAGAUUCUCUCAUUUGAUUUAGAGGUCAACAACCGUGAAAAUAAAUUUCCUGACUCGUCUAUCGAUGAAAUAAUUCAGAUAGGUAACACAGUAAAGCAGCACGAAUACAAACAGACCAUAUUCUGCCAGAGGAACACGGCAGGUAUCGCAGGGGUAGACGUGCGAUCGUACGAUACGGAGAGAGAAAUGAUCGAGGAAUGGAUAAAGUUUGUGUAUUAUGAGGAUCCGGAUGUUUUUCUGGGCUACAACAUCUCCGGAUUUGAUUUUGAUUACAUCAUAGGACGUGUUAGGAAAUUGGGAGUGCCAUUUUGCUUGUGCCGCCUGUACAUCGAUCCUUCCAAGGAUGACACCAUCGCAAGGGCAAUUGAUACAAGCGCUAGGAUGCUACGAGAUGUCGCUAAGAACGAAACGAACCUGAGAUUGAAGCAGGAGAUAGGCCAAGUCGUAAAAAACGAAACGAGCGCAGUGCUUGAGACAAGUAAAAUGGGACGAGAAGAAGUGAAUCGAACAGCAAGCAAUGUUUUGAGCGGGAUUGAGAGCAAAGGGGGAAGAUUCGCCACAGAACACGUAAUGUACGAUGCAAUCAAAGAUAAAUUUGGAGAGUGCAAGAGCUGCAACAACACGAGAAAAGAAAUGUUUAACGAUUUUCACGGCAGGAUUGUGGUCGACAUGCUCACUGUGAUAAAAAAGGAGCAUAAGCUACGUUCAUACACCCUGAACAACGUAAGUGUCCAUUUUCUUGGCAUGCAGAAGGAGGACCUUCCCUAUUACCUCAUCAAAGGUUUAUUUGAUGGUGAUGACAAAACAAGGAGGAGGAUCGCUGUUUACUGCCUAAAGGAUACGCUGCUGCCGCUGCUCAUAUAUGAGAAGCUGCUGAUUUUCAUUACAGGCGUAGAAAUGGUGCGCGUGCUUGGCGUACCGAUACAUUGGCACUUCAAUCGCGGUAUUUCGGUAAAGAUUUUCGGAUUGAUUCUAAGAGAAGCGAGGAAGAAUGGUUUUGUGAUCCCGAACGUCACAGUGAAGGAUGAGGGAUAUAUGGGGGCAUUUGUUAUCGAACCUGAGCGGGGAUACUACGAUGAGCCCAUCGCAGUGCUCGACUUUGCUAGUCUUUAUCCCAGCAUCAUCAUAGCACAUAACCUGUGCUAUUCCACGAUGCUGCUAGGCACGAAACAUGGCAUUGAUAAAAGUAAGGAUGCAGAGAUAAGUCCUACAGGCACGUAUUUUGUCAAAAAGGAUGUUCGUGUUGGCUUACUGCCGGUUAUUUUGGAGAAAAUGCUCAAGAAACGAAAAGAGGUGAAGGAACAAAUGAAGAACGAGACGAACACGUUUAUGAGAACGUUACUGAAUGCCAGGCAGAAUGCAUUUAAGGUGAGUGCGAACAGCGUGUACGGAUUUACGGGCUCAGCGGUCAGCAGAUUGCCAUGCAUCGACAUAAGCCAGAGUGUAACUGGCUAUGGACGAGAAAUGAUAAUAAAAACGAAGAAUGUUGUGGAAAGCGUGUUCUGCAGAGACAAAGGAUACGAUUUUGAUGGUCGCGUGAUCUACGGGGAUACGGACUCUGUAAUGAUUCGCAUCAGGAAAGAGAAUUUGAGCGUGGAUUAUGUGUUUGAGAUUGCUAAGGAGAUGGCGAGCAAAGUUUCGGAGUGUUUUGUGAAGCCUGUUAAGCUUGAAUUCGAGAAAGUUUAUUUUCCGUACCUCUUAAUGAACAAGAAGAGGUAUGCGGGAGUUAUCGAGACGAGAGAAGAAAUCAAGGAUGAAGUCAAAGUUAGUGAAGUAAAGAGCGACAGCAGAAAAAGUAGUUCUCAAACCUCACAGGCAAAGGAAGCCGAGGAGAACUCAGGCAGCAAAACCGAAGGGAAUGAAAUUGGAGAAGUAAAAACUGUCAAAAUAAAGAAUGAAACAGCUGCAGCUGACAAUUUGAAGAACGGAGUGCGGAAUACGGUGACUGAUGAGGAAGAGACUGCUAUAAAUACGGUAAGUACCGAGAAUGAGCGUGGAGUGGCAAAGGAGCCAAAGAAAAAAUACAAAAUCCAAAGGCGAAUGGACACAAAGGGUAUAGAGACGGUCAGAAGGGACAACUGCAAAUUGGUCAAGUCCUUAAUAGAAGAAUGUCUUAACUUGCUUUUGAUACAGCGCGAUCCAGAACGAGCAAAAUCAUUUGUUAAAGCAGUUGUCCGAGACCUGUACCUCGACAGGAUCGAUCUAGGCCAGCUGGUCAUUUCCAAAACGCUUUCGAAAACAAAUUAUGCUGCCAAGCAGGCACAUGUCGAACUUGCAGAGCGCAUGAAGAAACGCGAUAAUGCUGUAAUAAAUAUUGGAGAUCGGAUAGCAUACGUGAUUGUAGAUAAAGGGCCGAACGUUAUCGCAUAUGAGAAGUCAGAGGAUCCUUUGUACGUGCUAGAGAAGAAUCUGCCAGUUGAUGUCAAUUAUUACAUCGAACAGCAGAUCAUGAAGCCGGUACAUAGGCUCUUUGACCCAUUGAUGGACAAUGUAAAUGAGCUCUUCGUGGGUGAGCACACAGCAACUAGGAAGAAAGGCACUUUAAGUGGACCGAUGGCGCAGUUCGUGAAGAAAGGCAUAACAUGUCUGCUGUGUAAGGAGAGAGGGCCUAUACUGUGCAGGAGAUGUGCACCAAAUUACUUCUCUGUGUAUGUCGGUAAAAUUCAGGAAAUGAAAGAAAAAGAAGACGUGUACAACAAGUGCUGGAGAGAAUGUCAGAGAUGCAUACGAAGUGUUUGUACUGAGGUGUUAUGUGCCAACAAGGACUGCCCAAUUUUCUUCAUGAGGAGCAAAGUCAUCAGAGAAAUUGGUGAGCUCGAUAAACAGAUCAAGCAAUUGAAUUCGUUGGAGUGGUAG